AUGAACGACCUCAAGCUGGGAUUCGAAGUUGUUCUAGAUCUGACCAUCCAAGAUCUCCCGGGUCGACUUAGCUAUUGGGUUUUGGAUGCGUUCGAUAUCAGGCGCUGUGAUGUUAUUUUACCUAAUGGACAGUCUCUUCCUGUGAUCGAGGACGACGUUCAACGGAUUCCUACAUCUCAAAGAAUUUCCACACCAGAAAAUGUCUCCCGUAAUUUGUUUAUGGGUGUUCAACAACGCCCAAACAAAAAUCAUAAAGGGGCAAAAAAUGUAGCUUGGUGUGUGAAGGAAGAUGUUGCCCUUAUGUCAUCUUGGAUCUAUGCUAGCGAAGAUAACAUUCGAGGAAAAAAUCAAAGAGGGGAAUCGCUUUGGGCACGUGUUCAUAAAUUAUAUCACAACACCCAAGCAGAAAAUCCAAAUGAGCUCAACGAACGAAACAUUGAAUCGAUGAAAGGUCGCUGGAAACGUCUUAACGAAAAUGGAAACAAAUGGGUUGCUGCUUGCAGGGAAGCAAAUGCUCGAAGAAGGAGUGGCAUGAGCGACAACGAUGUUGUGAAAGAAGCUCAUUCCAUUUACGAAGCAGGUGGAAAUAAGUUUCUAGAUUUGGUUGUAUUUAAUGAAGUUAUGAGUAAACAUCCCAAGUGGAAUGUUCAUGAUACCACCCAUGUUUUUCGUCGUCAAAGUGAAGAUGCUGAUGACCAGGAAAGUGGUGGCAGUUCGAAAAGAUCAAAGACUUCGGAAGAUGGGGGAUUUUCUAUCCCUUCUAAUCCAGAAACUCCAACAUCUGAACAGUCAACUGCGACUCGUCCCAUUGGAAGAGAUAAGGCAAAAAGGAAAGGAAAAUGUAAGGUCUCACAAUCUGAAUCUACUCAUGAAUCUGUUGUUGCUGCAGAACUUCGUGCAAUGAGACUCACUAGAGAUACCGAAGCUGAGUUAAUAAAGACUCGAAUCGAACUGGAGCGCGAGAAGUUGCAAAGAAACGCAAUGAAGAUGAAAGAAAAAAUGUUGCUUCAAUUGUUGGCGAAAGAUCACUUAUCUCCAGAAGACGAAGAGAUGAAACGUCAACUAACUAAAAUUGUGUUUGGAGAGUGA